AUGGAUGACAAUUUUGUAAAAUUUGACUCAACAAAUGAACCUACUUAUGGUAUUAAAGAAAAUAAAUGGAUAUUUAAAACUAUUUCGCGACAAAAACAAGAACAAUAUUCAGAUAAAGCUAUAGGUGUUGUACGCUUAACUCAAGAUGGUACUAGACUAUAUGACUCUCUUUCGCAAACAAAACAAUCUGAAUUUUUAAACAACUUUCAACAAGAACUUAUCAUUAGUAUUCCCAUGAAUUCCGAAAGAUUACAACUAACAAAUCGAAUAGUACCAUCACAAUAUUUAUUGCAAAUUGAAAUUUUACCAACUAAAGAUCUUUAUCAAGAUUCAGUUUCUCAAAUUGUUAAUACUAUUACGGAACUAAUUAAAGAUAAAGAUACGAUAAUAUAUAUGAAUAAUUAUACAAAGUAUUUAGAUUCUUCAUAUGGAUUUAUAAUAAAUCGGACAAAACUUCAUGAUUUUUCAAAUGGUUUUUAUUUUCGUUGGGCUACAUUAUUUAUUGUCAUAAAUGGAAAAGAUGUUCCAUGGCUUAACUUGCGAAAUAAGAAAAAAUUUUUAUUUAUUAAAUGGCUUAAAAAAUAUAAAACUAUUGCUUCAGUUUUUACUAUAUGUUCAAGUGUGGAUAUCACAUUAUUUGAAUUUUUAACCUCAAGAUUUGCUGGCUUUGAAAUAUUUGAUGCACCAUUUUCUGAUUUUCUAUAUGUUUGA